CGGAUUUUGGACGAGCAUGCAGCGUGAGUAGCUUUUGCCCAAUAUUUUCUACAUCCUCUUCGCGAUCAGUUCCUUGACGGUCCAAACAGUUGGAAAGCCGAGGCAUCAGCCCACAUCGGCCAGCUGCAGGCAGCUGUGAGGAGUCUACUCCAGCGCGACCAGCUCCCAGACCUGUCCAGCUUCAGCACCACACCAACAGUCACCACCAGCCCGGCCAACUCGGCGCUGGGAGGCGGCGUCUCGACCGGGAAUGCCGCCAUAGAGCCCAUCGACAUGCGGAGAGAGGGUUCUCCCGAGCGGCAGCAUGAGGAUCCAGGCCUCGUCCCGGCGCCCAUGGGAAGCCUGUACGAGUUGACCAAGGUGGCCAAUUUGCGCAACGCGACCACCUCGUUAGUGCCGCAGGUCACACCCCCCGAGGAGGACAUCAUCUCCCGAGGCAUCAUCCCGAUAGCCGAGGGCGACCACCUCUUUGCACUCUACCUCAAGAACCACCACCAACUCCUCUGGGGUGGCGUUCUUUUCCCCUACCGGACCCUGGAUGCUGUACGGAGGGCUUCGGCCCUGCUCUCCACGGCCGUGUUGACGGUCGCUGCCCUACACACGCCCGACCGCGCCGAGGUCCUUCAGCUGUGCUACGACUCCUUUGUGACUCUUGUCAGCAACUCGUUCCUGUCGAGACGCCACAACAUCGACGACAUCCGCGCGCUCUGUCUCGCGGCCUUCUUCCUCCCCAACCUCAGCUGGAGGCUCUCUGGGCAGGCCGUCAGGAUGGCCGCCGAGAUGAACAUCCACCAGUCGUUCCAGAAGCUCGUGAACGGCGAUGUCAGCCACCGCGAGAGAGUCAGGUUGUGGUACGCGCUCUACAUAUGCGACCGCCACUUCAGCAUCGCCUACGGCCGGCCAUCGGCCAUGCACGGCGACGCCGCCAUCUUCGGCGUGGAGAAGUUUAUCCAGAGCCCCUCCGCCGAGGCGGGCGACAUCAGGCUCUCGGCCCAGGUGGCGCUGUUCAAGAUCCUGACCGAGGCAUACCUCGAGUACGGCAGCGACCAGAACCAGGCCCUGAGCGAGCAGGACCUCGAGAGGCUGCGCACCUUCAACAUCGCCAUCGAGCAGUGGCGCCUCCUCUGGCAGCCGCGCUCAUUGGACAGCGUCAGCAUCGGCUCCUACCCGUCCAAGGGCGUGGUCCUGUACUACCACUUUGCGCGCUUCCAGCUCAACUCGCUGGCCCUACGCGGCGUGCGAUGGCCGAGCAUCGAGCCGCUCUCGCCGAACCGCCGCGAGGCAGCCAUGGCAGCCAUCUCGGCGGCGAUGAACACGCUCAUGGACAUCCUCGGCGAGAGCGACCUGAAGAGGGCGCUCAACGGCGUCCCGCUCUUCACGCACGCCAUGGUGGCCUUCUGCGCCACCUUCCUGCUCAAAAUGGCGGCCAUGUGGGGGUUCGGCGGCGACGACUUGCUGUCGCAGGGGAUGGGCUUGGGCUUCAGCCUGGACGGAGUGCUUCGUCUCGCGCACCGGUCGGCUGACUUGCUUUCCGAGGUGGCGGAGAAGGUCAGCGAGAAGCACUUGACCAGGGUGAUUGUGGCGGGGAUCAGGGAGCUGAUACAGCGGGUCACCGUGUCGAGCGCGCAAUGGGCCGAUAUGAAUCGUGGCGAUACUGAUGAUCACCAUGUUCCUUUGCGGAUGGAAAGCCAAGGAGGACCAGCUGAUUCGGCUGUCGACUCUGUGGCUGGGCAGGCGGGCAACGAUGUCCAGGAAAUGAUUUGCAACAUGGACUUGAACACCCUUGUGGGCUUCCUGGAGUUCGACUCUGGCGAGACGUUUCUGAGCCAAUGGUCGGAAGUUGGGUAUGAAACAUGGCCAGCUCCGACUUGAAGCAAGCCUUGAAGAUGAUAUGACUUUCUGUUCGAUAAAUACAUGAUUCUAGUUGUGCACAGCUUCUUCACUGUAAAUAGCAAUAAUUUAAGGAUAUAUUCUAGUAUGGUCUUUAGCUAUCCAUCAUUACUGCCCAUAGAAAGCACUCAGAGCCUCGACUUCGGUACCAUAGGACCUAACCCUCUGUCAAGAGUUCUUGGGAUCAUGUUAUCG